UCCGCGGGAGCCGGUCCGGGGCAGCCGCUCAGCCCCCUGUGCCCCCGCCGCCCGCCUCCUGGGCUCAGCCGAGGAUGCGGCGCAGCGCCUCGGCAGCCAGGCUCGCUCCCCUGCAUCCUGCUUGCUAACUUCCCUGGUUUCGUCCCUGUCCGCCAGCGGGACCGCCCGGUCUCCACGCGCUCUCCGGGUCGGGUCCUCCAGGCGCGCCGGGUGCUGCCCCUGUGUGCCCCCUGCUGCCAGCCCGCGUGCCCUCACUCUCCGCCCGCGCCCCGCGCCGGUGCGGCGUCCUCGCCCGGUCAUGCUGUCCCUCUGCCUCGUGGCCGCGCUGCUGCUGGCCUCCGGGCCCGGGCCGAGCCUGGGCGACGAAGCCAUCCACUGCCCGCCCUGCUCCGAAGAGAAGCUGGCGCGCUGCCGCCCCCCCGUGGGUUGCGAGGAGCUGGUGCGGGAGCCCGGCUGCGGCUGUUGCGCCACUUGCGCCCUGGGCAAGGGGAUGCCCUGCGGGGUGUAUACCCCCCGCUGCGGCUCGGGCCUGCGCUGCUACCCGCCCCGGGGGGUGGAGAAGCCCCUGCAUACGCUGAUGCACGGGCAAGGCGUGUGCAUGGAGCUGGCGGAGAUCGAGGCGAUCCAGGAAAGCCUGCAGCCCUCUGACAAGGAUGAGGGUGAUCACCCCAACAACAGCUUCAGCCCUUGCAGCGCCCAUGACCGCAGGUGCCUGCAGAAGCACUUCGCCAAAAUUCGAGACCGGACCAUGAGUGGAGGCAAGAUGAAAGUCAUCGGGGUGCCCCGAGAGGAGACUCGGCCUAUGCCGCAGGGCUCCUGCCAGAGCGAGCUGCACCGGGCGUUGGAGCGGCUGGCCGCCUCACAGAGCCGCACCCACGAGGACCUCUACAUCAUUCCCAUCCCCAACUGCGACCGCAAUGGCAACUUCCACCCCAAGCAGUGCCACCCAGCCCUGGAUGGGCAGCGCGGCAAGUGCUGGUGUGUGGACCGGAAGACAGGGGUGAAGCUUCCGGGGGACCUGGAGCCGAAGGGGGAGCUGGACUGCCACCAGUUGGCGGACAGCUUCCGAGAGUGAGCCCUACCGUCGGCAGGGGGCUCAGUGCCCCCUGCCACCCCUUCCCCUGGGGGCUGCAGAGCUGACCUGGGGCCUGGGUCUGAGUCCUAGCUCUGCCUCUGGCCCAGAAGUUUCCCUCGGGUGUUUGUUUGUGUGUGUGUGUAUGUGUGUGUUUAUGAGCAUGGGUGUGCCCUUGGGGUGAGCCGGAGCCUAGGGGUGUCCUCUUUGGGCUUAGAUAGCCCGAGAGGUCCGAGAAUAGCAGCGGGGAGCCCUGGUAUAUUUCCAGAUUGAUCCUGGAUUCAUUCAUUCAUUCCGCCAUCUGAAAACAUUGAUUGACCACAUACUACAUGCCAGCUCUAGUUUUCAGCACGGGGCUCGUAUUCUGAUUUCCUCUGAUUUGAACAUGUGGAGCCACUCCUACAAGUCUGUGGGAGAAGUCUCAUUCCCAUAAUUAGAGGAAUGGCCUCCCGUCAACAUGGACCGUCACCACUGUCCCUCUCAAUCUAGUCAGAAAGUGGAGGCCACAGGGAGGGUGUGGGGAAGCAGAUGGGUCAGUGGUCAAAGCUAAGGCCCGCCAAGCUCCCCGCUCUCCCUCCCCAGGUCCCUGCAGGGGCAAGGAGCUGCAGAGAUAAGCCUGCCUUUGGGUUGUGUGUAGUGCCCUCUGCUUGGUUGCCUGACACCUGAGACCCUGCGAGGGGGAUGGGAGAGGGUCAGAGGAGGGCCUGUAGGACAGAGGGCUGGGGCUGUGCAGUGCAUCUCGGAGUGGUCAGGGUCAGAGGAAAGAAUGCGUGAGCGGACUGCAUGUGCCUGAUGGAGAAAAGGGCCGGCGUGCUGUGGGCCGAGGGACUUCCUUCCAUCUGUGGUCAGAGCCAUGACAUCACCAGGAGGACUCCAUCCUUCAGUGGCUUACAGCCUGUGGCUCUGCCUCCCUCCCUACACCUCCUUCUCCCACAUCUCCCUCCCCUACACUUCCCUACCCCCUGGGCAUUUUCUGGCUUGACUGGAUGAAAGGAGACUUAGGGACCUAUCAGUUGGCCAUGAUGUCUUGUCUUGUCUUGUCUUUUUUUUUUUUUUUUUUUUUUA